UAAUAGCGACACUUCCAUAUCUCUCUCUCCAAGAGAAGACCGUCUGGACGUCUACCUUCGCUGGCCCACAUACAUACACACACCCACUCACGCACGCACGUACAAACCAUACGUCCAGAAGAAGAUGUCCCAAGUCCAGCAAUACUGGCUCCCAGGAUACGGACUCUCCCGACACAUAGUCCUAGGCCAUAUCCAAUACUUCCUCGGUCCAACAGCAUCAGUCAGGCCAUACACGUACCAGGGGCGCGAAGGUUACCUGAUUGUUGGUGUACCUUUAACGCGGGAACAAAUCGACGACCUAGCAGCCAUGUCAAGAGAAUACGAAAGACAGGAAUCCGUCCGCAUGGCAAUUGACUCCAUCCUGGACGGAUCUUCCUCCCCGAGAGACGACUCCGAGCCUUAUAUCAACGAUAUCGUGCUUGUGCGGAGCUCGAGAUCCCGGACGAGACACGAGUCGCGGAGGGGCCUUUAGCUGGGGAGUUGCAGUGGUAUGAUUGGAGUUGACGGGUGGGUUUCAACGAUGCAUUCUUUUUCUAUUUAUAUUGAUUUAUGUUUUUCGAGCCAUUUGGUAUGGCUUUUUGCUGUGAUAUCCCUGGUUAUUAUUCAUUAUUUGCUUUGUUGGUUAUUGUUGUGAUCAUUGCGGUUUGUGUUCUCGCUUUUCAUACCCAUUUUAUAUC